CCUUCCUGAGAUCCACCCCUAAGCAGAAUACGCACUGUGGAAUGACAGGCAUUCGUUCUUCUUUGGAGGGGGCUGGCAUGGGAGCGUAUUUAUGAGAAUUACACCGUGCCCAGGCGAGCGAUACAGGACAUACCGUGGCAGAGCUUGGACCUGCAAUCCUGGACUUUUUCUGACUUUGGGGUCUCGGGGUGGGUUGGGGGGAAGUGGUGAAGUUUCUCCACCCUGCGGAGUCUGUUAACUUUCAAAGGCUGAUGUCUGCUUCUCAAAUUGGCUUGCCUUGUUCCCUCUCUCUGAGCCUACCUUGAAGAAUAGAAGAAUGGGACAGACGCGCUACUCAAGACCGGUAUAUCCAGCUCCCUUGGCUGAGGAGGGGGAGCAGCCAACACAGGAUGCUGGAACGGUGGCUGAAGUUCUGGAAUCUGGCGACACGACCCCACCUUCCAAGAGAAAGAGCAAAUUUGCUGGUUUUGGCAAGAUCUUUAAACCUUGGAAGUGGCGGAAAAAGAAAACUAGUGGAAAAUUUAAGGAGACAUCAGAAGUUUUAGAACGAAAGAUUUCAAUGCGAAAACCAAGAGAGGAGCUCAUUAAAAGAGGGGUUCUUUUGGAAGAUGUUGAACAGGAUGGAGAAGAGCCAGAGAAGCCAAUUCAUGCUACUUUGAAAAAUGGACACACCAUUCCCAUUGACUAUUCUGGAAUUGUCAAUCUUGCACACUUGGAGGAAGAAACCGGAAAGAGAUUGAGCCUUAAGAAGUCCAGUCCCCCUGAAGAGCCAAAGAAAUUGCAGGGACCUUUCAGCAAUCACCCGAAUUUGGAAACGGAGACCCAUCCUGAGCCCCUUGCUCCCAAGCAGCCGCUGCUUCCUCCAAAACGACCGUUGUCGUCCUCCUCGCAGGAGACGAAUGAUCUGCAAACAAGGGAAUUUGGCCUUGGCAACAGCAGUGCAAGGACUGUGUCUUCUUCCACAACUGCAGCUGCCCCACGGACUGCUCCUACCCCUGCCCCCCGGACUCUGCCCUCUGCUCCCACAAGUGGCCAUGCUUUGGCCACUAAUACUAGCAAUGCCACCCCGACAAAGCAGCCCCCUGUGCCACCACCCAAGCCUGUUAAUAGGAAUAGCAACCCCUUAAUAGCUGAAUUAUCUCAGGUGAUUAACAGUGGCACACCUUUGUUGAAGCCUUCACCACCUCUGCCUCCCAAGAGAGGCCUCCCGCUGAAUGUACCUGCCUUGCUAGAAUCAGCUGUUGCUCCCAAAUCCCCUACUGAGAGGAUCAUGUCGUCCUAUCCUUCCUCACUACCUCCACACAUGAUCUCAACUCUCCCUCCAGCUGGUCCUUCGCCCUCUCUGCCUCCUCACAUUCCAUCAGAACCCCUCAACGCUCCACUGCCUAGCUCCCUCUAUGGAGCAGAGCCCCCCUUUUCUGCAGAACUUCGGAUGGGGAGUCAACAAGAAAGUCUAUCCAUGAUGGAUCCAGCCAGAAGAGUGGCUGAGCGGGGGUUUGGAGAACCUCAAGGACUUCCUCGGUUGUCCCAGCUCCCACUGCACAUCCGCAUCCAGCAGGCCUUGACUAGCCCUCUGCCAGCAACCCCACCUGCCGAAGGCUCACACAGGGCUCAUUCUCUGCUCUUCGAGAGCGAAGGCUCCAGCGAGGAUAAUGGAACAGUAGGCAGGACAAGGUCUCUACCUGUGACUAUCGAGCUGCUGAAAGUUCCAGAUGAUGAAGAAGAAGAGGAGGAGGAAGAUGGCUCAGGAGAUGCAUGUCCUUCCAAUCACCAUGUUUACAUUGGAGAAGCCCCAAUGGUUGCGGUUAUUCCUAGGCUGAUCCUGCAGACAGUGCAGGAUGAAGACGAGGGACCAAGUGAUUCGGAUUCAGAGGGACCCAUUUUGUACAGGGAGGAAGAGGAGGAGGAGGAAGAUGAAGACGAAAGCCACAAUACGGCCCUGGCCAAUAAAGUCAAGAGGAAAGACACCUUGGCUAUAAAACUGGGAAACCUGGCUCCCCGGCAGGAAUUGCCAAGGGAGAGCACUUUCCCUCGGAAGAGCAAGGAAGAGUGGAAUGAAAUCCGACAGCAGAUUGGGACAACGCUAAUCAGGCGAUUAAGCCAGAGACCAACAGCAGAAGAAUUGGAGCAAAGGAAUAUACUUCAGCCAAAAAAUGAGGCUGAUCGGCAGGCUGAGAAGAGGGAAAUAAAAAGGAGGCUCACUCGAAAGCUUAGCCAAAGGCCUACUGUGGCUGAACUACAGGCCAGAAAGAUCCUGAGGUUUCAUGAAUAUGUGGAGGUAACCGAUGCCCAUGACUAUGACAGGAGAGCAGACAAGCCAUGGACAAAACUCACUCCUGCUGACAAGGCUGCCAUCCGGAAGGAGCUGAAUGAAUUCAAGAGCUCGGAGAUGGAAGUGCAUGAAGAGAGCAAGCAGUUCACUCGAUAUCAUCGGCCUUGAGGAUUUAAAAAAAGAAAUUAAAAAAAAGAAAAACAGCAAGAAGCACGAUCAAUCACUGGAGGAGAAGCGAACUAGCCAUGUUUAUCAUUUCCUUUCUCAGAAGUUGAAGAGGAAUCUUGAGGCUUGUUUGAGAUUAGCCUCGUUCAUAUAACUAGAAGAAAAGUUUCUCUUCACCAAGAAAUGGGCCAGGGAUGGGAACGCCCUUGUCCCAAAGUUAGCAUUUCAUUGAAAGGAAAUUUGUCACAAGUGCCACGAGAUCACACAGCGGGGCAAGUCACAAUCGAAAGCAUUAUACCUCAGAUAUAUGGCAAUACAAACAGAUGAUGCCCCUUGGUUCCUUGUCUUCUGCCUAAUUCUGAACAGUUUAAUAUCCCUGACUCAAAGGAAAGCGAGACUGUCGGAGCAGACGUGAGAAGCGUGCACAUACUUACAUUAUGCUGUACCCAGAAGAAACUUUUAACUGACACAUUACUGGAGAUUUGGGAAAGGUGCUUAGGGGCUUUUUUUUUUUUUGAGUUACUAAUUUGCAGAAUCACUACUGACCAAUCAUAUGUUGUCUAGCAGAAGAAUGGUUGAGCUCUAACAUGGUAUAUGCUGCAUCUUGGGGGGGGGGGAACAUUUUUUUAAAAAAAAAUGGAGGGCAAGAAGCUCCCUUCGUCACUCAAAUUUGUUAUAAAGCUAAGAGACCGAAUUUUCUGUGGGGAAGGGAUGCACCUUUAGGCCUGUUUAACAGGAACUGCAAAGCCUGAAAUGAGUUGCCUUUAAGAAGCAGAUUAUGUGGAAUAUACUGUAUUUUUGAAAAUCGCGGCUUCUUUUUUUUUUAAAGCAACUUCCUGAAAUUAAUAUGGAACUUGCCUUUUCUUAGAUUUGUAGCAAAACGUACUGAAACGUAAUGUUCUACAAAGGGCUUAAACCCAACUUUUAAGGAAAGAAAAGAUGGCAUAGCAUUAAUAGAUUUUUAUGGAAUGGUUCUGAGUGGUAUCGCCACAUCUGAGAUGCAUGUCCUAUGACGCUGGAGUGAGGAGAUGGGGGGGGGGAAUCCAAAGGGGGAAUUGGGACAUGUAUUAGAUGUUGGUUCUGUGUUUGAGGAUUGGUUUGGUGGCACAUCUCUUCACACAUCUGUAAAAGGUCACACAACAUAGAAGCUUAUAGAUGCAUGUAAGCUGGAAGCUGAUACUGCUGUGCUUCCUCAAGCUGGAAGAAGACCUUUUUUUUUUUUUUUGCUGCUACUUUUGCAACUACACACCUUUCUUCGAGGAUGACCCAGACACAAGAGGAAGGAUUCAGAUAUCUUAAAAACAUUGUGCAGUCAGUUGGGUCCAGUCUUCUUGAAUAAACCCCUUUUUAGUUCUGACUGAUUUCGGUGGCGAUUAAGGGCAGUAGGUAGCUUAGCCUGGAUCCAGGCUCUUCUUAUCUUCUUUCUCUCUAAGAAAUGGUCCUCCUGUGGGUGAGUCUGGGGGAAUGCAAGGCAUGGCAAGCUUGCCUUCACACCCCCUACGCUCAUUCCAGCCGAUGCCAGUUGCCUUCCUGGUGUUCCUGUGAAGGGAGGAAAAUGGGGCCUUGUCUUUGUCAGGAGCAGUUUUUCCUUACAAUGUAAGGAGAAAAGAUUUUGAUGUGGAUUGUGGGAUAAGUGCCAGUGUACUCUUGUUCUGAGCAAUUUUUUUCAUGAUGUAUAAAAUCUCUAUUAAGGAAAUCAUUGUGUUGUCUUCCUAUCAACAAGAUUGUAUGAAAUAAAUUUUUUUUUUAGGAAAAAAA